AUGUUGACUUGGGCGGACAUGAGUAUAUACAUCAGUACACUGUUGGGCAAGACAAGGCUGGACAAGGCUGAACAAUCCGGGGAGGUGAUAUUCACUGAUCGACGCAUAGGCCUCUCUCUGCUACUGGGUCGGGUUUCGUACACGCCUGCAACUUUCAAAUAUGGACGAUACUACUGCUAUACGAGAUACAUAUAUGUAGAGGCAUGCAAUGCUAUGACGAGGAUUGAGGAGGAUAACAAAUCAAUAAUCAGCGCCGACCGGCUUAUCGACUCUGGGAUAACCCAGCUUCAAUACCGAGACGGUACCUCUAAGUACUUCUCCUACAGGGAGGUACUUAGGGCUGACCAUCCAUUCACAACAUACUCAGUUGGAGAUUUGUUCACCGCUGAACUACCCGAGUUCUUAGUAGUUCUUCAGAGCAAGCUUGAGAUUCAUGAGCCCGUACACGGUCGCCUGCUUUCCUUGGUUGCCCUUCCCUGGCUCCAGCAUGUGUUAAUUGUCACGACAUAUGCACAGAAUAGCUACCGGUCAGGCAGGCCUCCAUACUUAAAGCAUGGACUUGCCCUGAACCAAGAGGAAGUGGGCAGAAUACCGUCUCAACCAGCAGACCAGCGCAUUCCUUUUCCGCUUCCAUUCAUUAUGGGCGUAGGGGCUAUUCUAGAACCUCUGACCGUCAUCGUCCUCCUCUUCGGAGGCACUUGGAUCAACCGAAGUACAGGGUCAUUUCCUCCCCGGAGACCUCGUCGCACUUCCAAUGUCGUGUCGCGUGAUUCCUCUCCUGGCGCAAUCGAGUCCGGCGUCUCUACCCCCACUGUCAAAGAUACUCUACUAAACCGCCGUUCUUCAUCUUCUUCGUCGCUCCCGCAGCUCGGUCAGACUGGUUGGCGCAAGAGACAGAUCGGGCUCUUUAACUCGACCUUCGAAGUCACGUCUCCAGACACCACUGUUUUUCAUGAUCGGUUACUCAGUCGCUUGCUCCGCAAGUUUCCCUUUCUUGUCGAAUGCUGGUACUGGGCGCUUGUGUACUGGACAUAUCAGUUGGGUCGCGCGUUCACUGCUGUUACUCUCAAAGAUGAUACAGUCGAUGUGGCGCGCAAACAUGCACUGCGAUUGAUACAGAUUGAGGAGGCACUGGGCUUGUUUUGGGAGGUUUCCAUCCAAAAAUACUUUCUUCGUCAUCCCACUCUCAUGACCUGGACCAACUGGAUCUAUUCGUUCAUCCACAUUCCUGGAACAAUCGCCUUUCUCGUCUGGCUGUACUAUUUCACCAUCACAAGGAACCGAUCCGACGAGUCGCAACCAGGAAAACCGCGCGGGCUAGUGAGUGGCUCACCCGCGGGGUCUCAUCUAUAUCAGGCCCGGCGCCGAACUCUUGCCGUGUGCAAUCUGCUUGCCUUUGUGGUUUUCACUCUGUGGCCCUGUAUGCCGCCUCGUCUGCUGAGCGACAAAGAUGCGAAGGGGCCCGACGCAGCCUUGGGCCGUAGCUACGGACCAGCUAGGCGUCCUGGGCUAUUUCAGAACAACGUCACUGACUGUGUGCUAGCCGCCAUGCCGUCGUUACACUUUGGCUACUCCCUCAUGAUUGGUCUCACCAUCAUGACCAUCCCGCUGCCGCCACAUCAGCGUCGCCGCACCCGCGUGGCCAUUGGUCCUUUGAAGCUGCAGCUUCCUUCGUGGCGUCGGCUGGGCUGCCUCGCUCUGGGCUUUGCCUAUCCUUUUGUGAUCCUGGCCGCUAUCGUCGCCACCGCGAACCACUUCAUCUUGGACGCGAUUGCCGGUGCAACGGUAUGCGCUCUUGGAUGGAGAUUCAACGGAAUCCUCUUGAAUCUGCUACCCCUGGAAGAUUACUUUCUGUGGGUGGUUCGUAUUCACAAGCCAGCAUCGAACACCACGGACGGACUCGAAGACGCAGUCGGCUGGGUCGACGAUGGCAUUUCCGAACACACCUCUCUCCCUUAA